AAGAGGAGAGAGAGAACUGCGACGAACGGAGACGAAUUUUGAUUUCACAAAACAGGUUUGGAUCUAUGCUACGACGCCACAUUGCCAUCAAUCACCAUUAACAUCAAGAUCAAGCUUGAAAUAUGGCAUUGUUUUCGAGAAAAAUAGCUCGAAUUCCUUCUCCCGUCCUUCGUUUCUUUGGUGUGUUGUUCAUAUUCACUCUCGCGUUUCUUCUCCUCCUUGAGGUGGACAACUUGGCUAGUCAGACAAAAACUAUUAUUGGUCAUAACUUAGAACCGACUCCAUGGCAUGCAUUCCCUGCCAAGACUUUCGAAAAUGAAACAAAGAUCGGUCGAGCUUCCAUGAUUGUACGAUGUUCUUAUCUUUCUUGCCGAACCAAGUCAAAAGAUGGACAGACUAUGUUAACUGAUGAAUCAGAAAAAUGCCCUGUUUUUUACGGAUGGAUACAUCAUGACCUUGAACCUUGGUCUAAAACUCGGAUUUCACACACCCUUUUGAUGGAAGCCAAAAAAUUUGCCUCUUUGCAUAUAGUGAUCAUUGGUGGAAAACUCUAUGUGGAGUAUUACUAUGACUGUGUGCAGAGCCGGGCUUUGUUUACGGUUUGGGGAUUGUUACAGCUCCUUAGGAGGUAUCCAGGGAUGGUUCCAGAUGUGGAAUUGAUGUUUGAUUGCAUGGACAGACCUAUUAUUCACAGGGACAGUCACUCUGCUAUGCCUUUGCCGAUUUUUCGCUAUUGCACCACACCUGAUCAUUUUGACAUCCCAUUUCCUGACUGGUCUUUCUGGGGUUGGAUUCACAACAAACCAAAGGGCCUUUGGCCUCGCAGUAUCUGGGUAACUAGUAGAGCUCAGCCUCCCAGGAGAUCAAGGGUUCAAACCUCACCAAAGAUGAGGAGAGUACAAGUUCACCUGGGACCUUGGCAAGAAGAAUUUCAAAGCAUUAAGCAAGGUUCACAAGUGAUCAGUUGGGAAAAGAAGUUCCCAUAUGCAUAUUGGAAAGGAAACCCAGAUGUUAACUCUCGAGUUCGCGAAGAAUUGCUCUUCUGCAAUGACACAAAUAAGUGGGGAGCGCAAAUAUUGCGUCAGAAUUGGACACAGGAAAUAUUAGAUGGAUUCAAGAACUCCAAAUUAUCUAGCCAGUGCAAUCAUCGGUAUAAGAUAUAUGCUGAGGGCUAUGCUUGGUCUGUAAGCUUAAAGUAUAUACUUUCAUGUGGUUGUGUUCCUCUUAUAAUCAAACCAAAGUAUGAGGAUUUCUUCAGCCGAGGCCUCUUCCCCAUGCAAAACUACUGGCCUAUCUCCUCCGAAAACAUAUGUCGAUCCAUUAAAACUGCAGUCGAUUGGGGGAAUUCACAUCCAUCUGAGGCAAAGGCAAUAGGAAAAGCAGUGCAAGAUUUCAUGGAGCGGAUGAACAUUGAGCGGAUAUAUGAUUACAUGUUUCAUCUGAUCACCGAGUAUGCGAAGCUGCAGGAUUUCAAGCCAGUUCGGCCUUCAACUGCCCUAGAAGAGUGUAUCAGCUCUCUGCUUUGUUAUGCUGAUGAAAACCAACGUGGAUACCUCGAAAGGUCAGCCACCUCCCCUUCACCAUCUCCUCCUUGCAAACUCCCUCCUCCGAAUGCUGAAAUGAUCAAGAAAUGGUUAGAAGCCAAAAACGAAAUUUUGAAUAAAACCCAACUAAUAAUCUAGCUGCUAUUGCUAAUGCUUCUUUCUUGUGUAGAGUAGCUAGUUUUAGUUGUAUAGUCGGUAUGUGUAGUUAUUAUUGGUAUCUCGUGAUCACGAAAAGGGACAAACGAAUUGUAUUCUAGAUAUGAUUCGGUUAGUAACAUUGUUGUUAACGAUUGUAAUGGGUAAAUAAGUAAUU